AAUAACACAAUGGGUUCACUUCGAAGUAUCGGCUCUUAAAGAGCCGGCUCGUUCGCAAACGACACGCCACUAAAGCGUACACUAUGAGGAUGUGACUUUUUGUUGUCAUAAUGGGCAGAGACCACUCAGGUGGAAGAUUAUCAGCAUAUUUGUAAUUAACGACGAGACAAAGAAGUCACUAAACUAAGAUGGCGAGUAAAUAGCGGCUGGCUUUCUUAACCCCGCCGCACCCUCAGUCUGUCCCGCUUCUUCGAGACUGUCAGCUCUCCCUCUCAGGGCUUUUAUUGUCCAUUAUGUGUCAUCUACAGCUGAGCCUGAGGACAUUGAUUUUUGUAGCCUGGGUGGUCGGCUACAUCGCCUUUCUGCUCUCCGUCAGGAGAAUGUGGACGGGGAAGUACGUCCGCAGUCCGCUCGUCCGAUCACUGUUUCAGAACAUGGUGAGCGAGAGCGAGGCGAGUGAGACUCAAGAGUGGUACCGGUGCUGUCCCGACCUGCUCGGAGAAUCCGUUCAGCCCCUGUUCAUCCAGAGCCACCUGGACUCCGGCACCAAGACUUUCCUCAAGCGCAGCGUGGAGAAGUCCGGCUGGCUGCUCACUCAGCUCUACCACUCGUUCGUGUCGACGAUCCUCGGCCCUCUGGUGUCCCGCACGUCCAUCAAUGGGUUUCUGGGUCGUGGCUCCAUGUUUGUGUUUUCUCCAGAGCAGUUCCAGCGGCUGCUCCGGAUUGGCCCAGAGUGGAGAGCUGAGAGGCUGCUGGACCUGGGAGCAGGAGAUGGAGGAGUCACAGAAGUGAUGGGAGCCCAUUUCAGAGAGGUCUAUGCAACUGAGGUCUCAUUACCCAUGAAGUGGCAUCUUCAGAGGAGAAAUUACAAAGUGCUGGGUAUAGAUGAGUGGCAGCAGACUGGUUUCCAGUACGAUGUGGUCAGCUGCCUGAAUCUGCUGGACCGCUGUGACGAUCCUCUGCAUCUCCUGCAGGACAUCAGGCGAUCGCUAGUUCCCAACACGGGGAGGCUCAUCCUGGCCGCGGUGCUUCCCUUCCAGCCUUACGUGGAAGUCGGAGGAAGAUGGCAGCGCCCCAAAGAACAUCUCAAAGUAAAAGGAAAAACAUGGGAGGAGCAAGUAACCGAACUGUCUAAUGAGGUGUUCCGAAGGGCGGGCUUUGAGGUGGAGGCUGUGACCAGGUUGCCAUAUCUCUGUGAAGGGGACAUGUACAACGAUUACUACGUUCUCGAUGAUGCUGUUUUUGUUCUCAAGGCCUCAGAGGAUAGUUCAGAGUCCGCUCAGUAAUUACCAAACACUGUGGGGCUGUCAGCGGCCCUUAUUUUGCUAACCUAACUUCAUCUCUGUAGUUUAUCCUCAAACAGAUUUUAUUGCAAUUCUCAAGCUUCAUUCAUAAAACACAGUAUUUCUGACUUGUUUAGAAAGGGUAAGUCAGGUGUGAAGCUCAGGUACUGUAGUUCCAACAUUUACCAGCCAUCUUGUGUGACAGUGAUACCUCGACUUUUUUUUUAAAGACGCAAAAAAAGAACUGAAUGGCAGUAAGAAAUGCAGCUGAAGAGCAAAUCUUCAAAGACAUAUCAGCAUGUCGUAGGUGUUCGUUCUUUACAGUCUGUUAUUUGUACUAAGUGUUUACUGUCAGUGUUUCAUCAUCUGUGAUAUCAGUGGAAACAGUCGUGGCUGAAUCUUUGUUGAAUUUGUACUUAAAUGUUUUGUGUCUAAUGCGGAGGACCAGUGUAUGUACACACUUGAUUUAAUCACUCUGAAUGGACCUUAUUGUAUUUUAAUGCAGUGUUUGUUUUUUUUAAAUGACAAAAUUAUCGAGGCCUUCUUAAAGCAAGCCUAUGUAACUGAGGACACAAGUGACUAUUAUUGAUAAGGUUUAAAGCUGCAUUUAGUCUUUGGUUUUUUUUUGCCACUAGGGGGCAUUGUAGAAAUAAUAAUAAUGUUGAUGAUAAUGUCACAAACUUCGAAGCAUAUUUACACAGAAGCAAGAGCAAUAUUAGCAUUUA